AUGGCGGAGCUUGCAGACUUACAAGAACAACACGUUCCACAAAUACAAAUAUUACAGCAGAUUCCGCUUCCAGGCCCACUAAACAUAAAAUCAGGCGAUAUUAGCGAGAAUUACAAGAAUUUCAAGCAACAAUGGCAAAAUUACGUAACAGCGUCAGGAAUUGAUUCUCAAAACGAGGAAACAAAAAAAGCUAUUCUAUUAACAGCUGUAGGGCAAGAUGUGUUUCAACGGUACAUCAACAUGCCAAUAUUAGAAAAAGAAAAAGCAACAGUAGACGAAUUAUUGGAUGCAAUCGAACGGAAUUUAACACCAACAGUCAACAAACGUUACAUCAGAGCGAUGUUUAAUAUGGCAAAACAAGAACAACACGAAACAUACGAUGAAUACUUUAACAAAUUGCGCGGUCUCAUUAAAAAUGCACAAUAUGGUCCGCUUGAGAAUGAUUUAAUGUUAGAUAAAAUCAUAUGUUCAAUAAAAGAUCAAAAUUUACGUGAAAGACUGUGGCUAGACGAAAACAUAACGCUAAAUAAAGCUAUCGAUAUCUGCAGAUCAAAAGAAGUAACAGAAAAACAACUUCGCGGAAUUGAAUCUUUACCAUUCGAAGUCAAUAAAAUUAACAAACACAAGAAGCAUCACGACAGUAAUACCCAAAAGAGAUUGUGUAAGUUUUGCGGAUACAAUUAUCACUAUAAAAUCGUACAAUGCAAAGCAAGAAAGGAAGUAUGCAGGAAAUGCAAGAAAAAGGGACAUUACGCCAGAGUCUGCAUGUCUAAAAUCAAAAACCAAAGCGACGACAAAAUGACACAAAGCAAAACAAGACAUGUUAAAGAAGUAACAACGAUAAGAAAGAACGAGAGAAGCCAGAGUAAUGAGCAAUCUAAAGAGUAUGUUCUGCAUACAUUAGAAGCUGGUUCAUCAACAGGCAUUUUAAUAGAUUUAAUCAUAUACAACAACAACAACAACAGUUGCAAAAUAAGAUGUCAACUGGAUACGGGCGCGACAUCCAACAUAAUUUGGAAAAAAGAUUUAUUAGAAAUAUUUCCAGACCCUGUUAUGAGAAGCACUAAAACAACAUUAAAAACCCUUGACGGAGCGCGUAUAAUGCCAACAAGCACAGUUCAACUAACAUUAAAAUACAAAAAUAGAAAAUACAAAUUAAUAUUUUAUGUAGUCGAAACUGAACACUGUCCAUUACUAUCAGCUUUGGGUUAA